AUGAAUACUGCGACUGUCCACGAUGUACAAUGGAGGCAGGACAUCGACAAUACAAAGAACAGAUAUGGUGAACUUGGAUUUAUCUCAUCAAACUUCCAUGAAUUUCAUUGUGGACGGUUUGACCAGGAGGAGGGUCAGGAAGGACUGCUUGAAAACACAAAAAUCUGCAAGUGUGGUCAAACACUUAUUGAACACCGAAAAGAUAAAAGAGGCGAUCAGUCCCGAAGAAACUCUGUAUAUUUUGGAAGAAGAUGGAGGAGCCGUCUUAGUUCACUCAGGUAUGUCCAAGUAGCCACGUCGAAUGAUCCUGGAAAAAUUCUCGAAUAUUUUUCAAAGUAUUGGAAAAUCAAAGAAACAGGCUUGGUUAUAUCUGUUGUUGGUGACGAGAUUCCUAUCCGACUUGGGAGGAAUUUCCAGUCUAAACUUGUCCAGUUUUCCCGGGAUGCUGAUGCCAUGAUUAUGACUUCCGGUUUAGACGAGGGUAUAACCAAAUCGGUGAAUAAGGUGUUCAGCAAGACAAACCAGUCCUAUAAGCAGCGCAAGAUUCCACUUAUCGGACUGACCCCGUGGAACCUUAUUAAACACAAACCCAAUCUCGUAGCUGAUCCGAGAACGUUUACGAGCAGCUCACGAACGCACACCAAGUCUUGUCCGGACAUUGAGACGAGAGGCAACACACGCUUGUGUCAUGGCCUUGGUUAUCACAUGUUUGUAGACUUUCCUCAUGACCAACCGAAAUAUUAUAGUGACACUAGAGUCGGGGAAUAUUCAGAGAUCGUGAUGCAGUAUCGUCACCGAAUAGAACAGAAGCUCAUGGAACUCAAUGAAGACGAACAUUCGGAGGAACACACGCAACUUUCAUCUCCGGUGGUCAUAGUUCUGGCUGGAGGGGAUGAGUCAAUGUUGACUUAUAUUGACCUCGCUCUAAAGGCUAAGCUGCCAGUGUUGGUGAUUAAGGGUACAGACGGGUUGGCAGGAUUCAUCGCCAAUGCCAACAGUCCAAAUAUGGAGUUUGAUGAUUUAAAGGAAGCUUUCCUGCAAUACAUUGCGGUCAAGAGAAGUUACACUAAAAGUGAGAGAGAUCGAAUAUCGAGUCAGCUGAUGGAAUUAUCAGAAAAUCUUCAAACUGACGGCGAAGAUUGUGUUGCUGUGUGCGACUUGGAGAAGGAUAUUGAUUUCAACAAUAAGAUUCUCACUGUUCUACUGAAGAGCAGCACAAAACAUAAGAAGAGGUUGAGCAGGAUCAUGAGUCUAGCGGUGGAAUGGAAUAUGCUGAAAAACGAACAAGUCCAGGAACUUCUAACCCUGCACCUUGAUUCUUGUGAUACGGACCUGUUUCACGAAACUCUGUUGACAGCCAUUACCACACAAGAAGAUCGACUUGACUGGAUCGAAGAACUCAUCGGCAAAGAAAGCACUGUUGUUGAUUUCAAUAAUUUCAUCAGUAAAAAUCUGCAUCAGCUUUACGAAAGGGCAUGCUAUGAUUACGGGAUGACUAUCUGGGAGGACAUAGCUCCAACAUAUCUUCGUCAUGAUGAAAAGCAGCGGGACGAGGUGAAGACCAUAUCAGAACGAACAUUCACAGUGCGUGUGUUGAAAACCCUAUUUGAUAGAUAUGAUGAUGACUUCGUGGCUUCAGAAAUAGAGCUUCAACAGAAGACAGCAGUGUAUAUGGAUAGAAAUAUCAAAACUUUGCUGCCAGACCGUCCUGGAAACUACUCCUACCCGUACAAACACCUACUAAUCUGGGCCGUUAUCUUCUUAAGAUCAGAUAUUGCAAAGUUUGCUUGGCGAAUGCUGAGGCAGGAACCGCUACAGAGUGCCAUCGCCAUGUGCCAUUUAAUGGAGACAAUCAAAUCCCAGAUAGAUGAUAGAUUUCAAGACGAGAAGAGAACACUUGACAGGAAUAAAAAGAUGUUUGAGGAUUUGGCCAUCCAGCUGCUGAGUGCUUGUAAUGUCGGGAACGAAAAUCUUACACAACUGCUCUUGUGUAGUCCUUCGUCUAUGUGGGGUGGAUUAUCCGUACUACAAAUGGCAGCUAGUGGAAACGUCACGAAUUUCAUGGCGGCACAGGCAGUACAGAAGUUCAUGGAUGAUAUAUGGAACGGCGGCGUUUUUGUCAAUGUUAAACGGAUGGUCUUGUUACAAGUCUUACCUAUCCUUGUGGCCACACCAGUCAUGAAAGUAAGAGUUCCAUAUAUUCUCCAAAAGACGGAAGGUUUGGAGGAGACCUAUGGCAGAAAAGGGGGAUCCAGAUUUUUCGUGCGAACGUAUCAAAAGUUCAAACUUUACUUCCAAUCCCCGAGGACAAAGUUCUUUUAUCAUAAUAUGACGUAUUUCGUAUUCCUGGCAUUGUUCGUGUACAUGGUUCUGGUUGACUUUAAGAAGGCCUCUGUUACCACCAUAGAGAGCGUAUGUCUCGCUUGGAUACUCACACUACAGGUGGACGAAUUGUAUACAUUAGGGAUUUUCCCCACAGCAGGUUGGAAGGCUACUUUCCGUGACAUUAUGGGUGUGACAACUAUCGUGGAGUUCCUAAACGCUAUGUUGUUUGUUCUUGGUUACUGUGUCCACUAUGUCGAACCAGAUCAAACCUUCACAAAGAUAGCCUACUCAAUCAACCUCGUCAUAUUUCAACUCAAAAUAUUCAAGGCUUACAUCGUGGAUCAGACACUAGGACCCCAAGUGGUCAUGGUAAAGGAAAUGACGGCGUCCAUGCUACAGUUUCUUCUGAUUCUCCUGAUAUUUAUCGUGGCGUAUGGUACAUCUAGUCAGGCCUUGUUGUACACGGAGCGACAUCCCACUUUUGAAAUCGUUCGGGACAUUUUCUACCAGCCCUACUGGAUUGUGUACGGAGAGGUGGGAUUAGAAGAAAUAGGUGAUGAUCCAGAUUGCACCGACGAUGCUAGGUUUUGUAGAAAGCAACAUGGUCUAGUAUAUAUAUUCCUUGGUAUCUACAUCUUGUUAUCGAACGUCCUUCUACUUAACCUACUAAUUGCUAUUUUCAGUAACAUCUACAACGUCAUAUUUGAAAAGACCGCGGCAAUAUGGCGCUACAACAUGUACUUUUUGACAUACGAGUACCAAUUGAAGACUGUGUUUGUGCCACCGUUUUCUAUCUUCAUUCAUAUCGCCCACUUCCUUAGGUUUAUACUCUGCUGUAAAUGCCGAAAAACAACAGAAAGAAAUCAGUUAAUUCUCACAGACAACGAAUACGAUCGUGUAAGCAGAAUGCAAAUCGAAGAACGUAAGAACAUGUUUCAGAAAGAGUUGAAGGAAUCUCAAACAUCAUUAUCAAUACAGAUACAGAAAAUUGUUAGCAGACUUGAUAAAAUUGAGGAGAGUUUGAGCACUGACCACAAGGACAUGGCCGGUACAGUGAGGCUCGACAGACACAACUCCAAACGAUCUUUAAGGGGGUCGUCACGUGCUGUUCUAUUUACCAAGAUGAAAACAGACAGCGUCGAAAAUAUUGAAAACGCAAACGAGGAUUCCCAAAGUGAAAAGGACGAAAACCACGAGUUUCAUCAAACAGCAGUUGACGACCUAUUGGCUGUACAGAGAAAACAAAAAAGAAUGGCACGGAAGUCAACAAGAGAACGAGUUGGGGAACAGACUGAGGAUCAUGAUGAGGAAACUAUCAACGAUGUCAUAAAGAAUAAACAUGUCAUGUGGCCAAAUAAAGCUGAGGAAAAAGAAAAUCGAGAAAGCAUUAGCAUUUCCAAACCAGAUAAAGAUGACAAACAUGAAGAAGAAACAGACAAAAUUAGAGAAGAAUCUGUUAAUCUGAAAAAGAAUAAUAAAGUUGAGCCGGAAAAUAGUAAUGUGAAUCAUAUUGGUGAAAACAUUAGAAAGAAAGGAAGGCAGAGCAACACACUUCUGAGCUCGCUUGUUGGUGAAAUAUUAGGGACAUUUGAAUAUAAGGAACCAAGAAGUCAGAAGAAGAAGAAGAAAAAAACAGUGCAAAAGGAGGGAGACGCUGAUAUAAAAGGACAGGAAAAUUCAAACAAACAAAAUAGAAAAAGUAAAAAGAAAUCAGAAUGUAGGGAAGGCGAAUCAAACGUAGAGAUAGCAAAUAUGACAUUUAAUGUAGAACAAGACUUUGAAAGCAAAGUGACACAUACACAUCAACCUGACUUAAGAAAGGAAAACAUUAGGCGGACAACGGUGAGACGUUCAAGGAGAGGAAAUGAGAGCGGAAACUUAACAACAUUACAUACUAAAGACAAAGAUAACACAAGUAUGUCUUCAAAUAAAGGAAUAUCCCCUUAUCUCUCGUCAUCUGACAACGAAAGUCAAGCGUAA